ACUGAUUCGAGCGGGGCACUUGAAAGAGUUUGUGUAUCAUGAUAGGGCUAAGGGGAAAGGAAAUAGGAGAUGCUGGGAAGAUUCAGAGGAGAGGAGUGAUAGAGAUGAUGAGGGGGAUGAUAGGGAUGGUCGAGAUGGUCGAGGGAAGAAUUUGAGGAGAGAUAGAGAUAAGAGAAGACACGGAGGCGAAGCUCCUAUGAAAAGAGGGACAUUUUAUAUGAUUUCAGAAGGACAGACGGAUGUUGACUCGAAUAAGGCCAGGAAGGAGCAUGCUCGAGCAGUGAAAAGGAAGAGAGAGGAGGUGGGGAUUACGACUCGCAUGCUGGUGAUAAGUUUUAAAGUGGAGGAUGCUGAAGGAGUGGUCUUGCCGCACAAUGACGCUUUGGUGAUCACUGUGGAGGUUGCGGACUUUGAUGUGAAGAGGGAGCUUAUUGAUACCGAGAGUUCGGUAGAC